UAGCCGUCAUUAUUUAAUACAAUACGACGUGACCGUGAUGAAACAGAAAAUGUGGCAUUAAUGCGCAUAAAGUAAUGCAAUCUAGUUAUCGUUCAUGUUUGUUUGUUCAUUGACAUUUGGUCAACAACAAAAGCCCUGUCCCUCAGUUGCCUAGAGGGCACGAUGUUAUCAAUGUCUGCCAUAUUGGCUUUCCCACUGAUCUGAGCUGUGAGCGGACUAUUGUGCCUGUGUGCGGGUUUGGCGGAUAUCCACUGCCAUCUUUCACCCUGAAGAAGGCGUGUCACCUCUCCAGUCCCCCACGGUUAGUGGCGCUUUGUCCCCGCUGCAAGCCAAGCAGAGGCUUCUGAGCCGACUAAGGGCAUGGCGGCGGCUCCGGUAACGCAGCGGACCGGCGGAACCCGAGCGCAACUACCGCCCUGCUAUUACGAGGGCUAUCUUGAAAAACGGGGAGCCAAAGAGAAGGUGUCCCGUCGACUGUGGACUUGCUUGUGUGGCAACACUUUAUUUUUCUUCAACAAUGCGAAGGAUUCUCAUUACGUGGAGAAGCUGGAUCUGAGCGCGUUUGUGUCCCUGAUCGACGACGGCAGUCGCGACAGGAAUCUGGAGGCGGCAAGAAUGAACCUGCGGAUGAAGGAUGGCGAGAUCAAACUCACCGCUCCUAACCUGGAGGCGCGUGAGCUGUGGAAAGGUUUCAUCUACUCUGUAGUUGAUCUCUCGGUGCCCACCACGCUGACCUUACUGCCGGGGCAGGUGCACGUGCUGAAGGAGGCGGUGGAGAAGGAACGACAGCGGCGGAGGGCGGCACGCUCGCUGGCCAGGGCCCCUGCCUCUCCGCUCUCUGUCCCCCUGGUGGGGGAGAUCCCUGCCUGUUUCAGGCCCGUGUCUCGCACGGAGGCGGAGGUCCUGCUGGAGAGACACCCUGACUGUGGGAACAUGCUGCUGAGACCAGGACGAGACGGCAGCUCUCUCGCUGUUACUACACGCCAGGACCUGAACGGCUCAGUCUUCAGGCACUACCGAGUGACGCAGAAGCUACAGGGAGGCUACAUCAUUGACGUGGAAAACCCGAUCCCCUGUCCCACUCUCUACGAUGUCAUCAACGCUCUAGUGGAGAAAACGGCGGGCACGCUACAGCCUUUUCUACUGGAGGAGCCUUACGAGGAGAAUAUCACUUACAUUUCCUCCAAUGACGAGAAUGGAGAGCGAACACUGCACUGUGCGCCCACGCCCCUUUUCUCCCGAGCACCCACACUGCCCCCUAAAGGGUCGGAGAGAUGGACGUUGAGGUCACAGUCUAAAUCUCCAAGUCCCUCGCACAGGUCAUUAAGCCCUCCAGGAUCCCCGUCAAGCCCAAUGAGACGACUCGUACUGUCUCCCUCGCCAUUGUCACAGAAAGCCUUCACCGAAGAGCUGAAGCAGAAGCUGGAGAAGAGACGCACCAAUCAGGACUGAUUUCCCCUUUCUCCUCAGCCAAUCAGCAGCACGGCCCUGCCCCAUCACUGCCGGAUUCAGCCAGUGCCUUGUGACGCGGUCGCCCGACCCGUUGCCCCAGACAGUCGCCGCUCGAUAACGUUCUUCUACGGAAGUACCAUCUAAUUUCCGUGGUGCACCCUUACCAAGCUCAGCACAAGCAUCCAACGAAAUACCUCUCUUCAGGAUGUGAAACCGCCGUCGACAGGGCGAAGGUCAACUACGGGACCCUGAGAUGGACACGUAUUUGAGCCGACGAUCGGUGCCUCACCUGUCUCCAGCGAAGCUGUUUUUCACCCCAGGUUCCUUUCCUUGACUACCCACACCUCAAGCAGAAACCGCGAGCAAGCAGCAAGCACAGCAGACCGGCUGAACAUACAGACGGCUGUCGGACCACUGAUCUCACGGGGGGGCGCUGAUGAUGGACUGUACAUUAAUGUAUGUUCUGACACUAUGUCAACUGCUAUAAGUGUUCUGUGGGUUUCAUAGAGUUUGUGACGUCUCUCACGUGGUUCCAUGAGUGUUGUAAGGAAGUCGGGGUUCUAAAGGAAACCGUUACAUUUUCGAAUUUGUUUGAUGCCUUCUGCACACGGUCGCAGCAGGUAAAAGUCCAGAAUCUGAAAUGCUCUGCUAAUGUUGUAACGAAACAAUGGCAGUGAAGAAUGAUGGUCAGGUUUGCAGGCUGUAACGUUCAGAAAAGUGUAUAUAAUGUUUCUGUAGUGAGAUGUUUCUGAUUGACUGAUAAACUGUGGUUGUCGUUACUGGGUUGUGUAAUGGAAGUGCAUGGUGCUACUGUAGAUAUUUAAGUUCUUAUGAAUGUCACUGUUGACUUUUGUUGUAUUUAUUGGAAUUAAAGGGAAGACUUUUUAAAAUCA